AUGCCACGUACUUCCCUGCGCAAUAAGCAGGCAGUCAAUUACAACGAAGACCACAACGACGACAAGAUGCCCCAGACGAAAGUCGCAGCCCGGGCUAUUGCGACUGCCAGCAAGAUUGUUGAGAAAGCCAAUGGAGUAGCCUCGAAAGCUGUCCCCGCAAAGACUAUCACGAAGCGGAAGGCUGAGCCUGAAGCUGAGCUGGAGAUUGCAGCUCCAGCUCCAGCAGUGAAGGCGGCCAAGAAACGCAAAACUAAGGCCAAAGAUGAAGAUGCGACACCCCUGGCAGACCGAACCGCUAUCUCCACGCUCAAGCCUGCUAUGCAUAUCGGUGCUCACGUUAGUGCUGCAGGAGGAGUCCAGAAUUCUGUCACGAAUGCCAUACACAUUGGCGCAAAUGCUUUCGCUCUUUUCCUAAAAUCGCAGCGAAAAUGGGCAAACCCACCUCUCGAUCCCGAAGCAAAGAAUCAGUUCAUCUCGCUGUGUAAAGACCACAGCUACAGCGCAAAUGAGCACGCUCUUCCCCACGGCUCAUACCUAGUCAACUUGGCGCAAGCGGACCAAGAAAAAGCGAAUCAAGCUUAUACAUCCUUUGUUGAUGAUCUUCAGCGCUGUGAACAGUUAGGCAUUCGUCUGUACAACUUCCACCCAGGUUCGACAGGAGGCGAUACAAGACCUGCAGCCAUCGGACGAAUCGCGGCACAGCUCAAUAAAUCUCACAAGGCAACCAAGACGGUAGUUACGGUUCUCGAGAAUAUGGCCGGUAGUGGCAACGUCAUUGGUUCAACGUGGGAGGAUCUCAGGGACAUCAUUGAGCUGAUUGAAGAUAAGUCAAGAGUGGGCGUCUGCAUUGAUACAUGUCACGCAUUCGCAGCAGGGCAUGAUCUUAGAACACCAGAAGCGUUCAAGAAAACCGUUGACUCCUUCAACGAGAUCGUCGGCCACAAGUACCUCAAAGCUUUUCACCUCAACGACAGCAAAGCCCCGUUCAACUCCAACAGAGAUCUCCACGCUAAUAUUGGCACGGGUUUUCUUGGGCUCCGUGCUUUCCACAGUAUCAUGAACCACGCACCUUUCGCCGGCAUGCCCAUGGUUCUCGAAACGCCCAUCGAUCGUCCCGGCUCCGAUGGAAAGUCCGUCGAGGACAAAAAAGUUUGGGCCGAUGAGAUCAAGCUUCUAGAACGUCUUGUUGGCAUGGAUGCUGAGAGCGACGAGUUCAAGGAGCUCGAGAAAGAGUUGCAAUCUAAAGGUGAGUCAGAGCGCAACAAGAUACAGGAUCAGGUUGAUCGAAAAAUGGCAAAGAAUUCCAAGGAUUCUAAGAAGGGGACGAAGAAAGGUGGCAAGAAGAAGAAGGACGAGUCGGAUGAUGAGAGCGAGUAG